AUGGAGGCGGAGGGCGGCCGGCUGCGCCGCCGGAAGCCCGACAUGGCCCUCUAUGUGCCCAAAGCACGGCGGGAGAGAGAAGCACAAGCGGCGGGGCACACGCUGGCCGGGCACUGCCGGGAGCCUGAAAACCACUGCCUGGUGCAGGACACUUGCCCAGAUGGUGGCGAGGGGCAGAGGCGAAGCCCCCGUGCCAGGACACAGGCAGGCAGAGUGGAAAGGAGGGAGACCAAGCUCUCAGGGGGCCAGAAGCUCCAGGAGAGUCAGCAGUCACCCCGUUUCAACUACUAUGGGGCCGAGCCUGCCCCACCAGACCUCAGCGAUGCCGAGCUGCCCCACGUCAUUGAGAUCUAUGAUUUCCCCUCGGAUUUCCGCACUGAGGACCUGAUGCGUGUCUUCUGCAGCUAUCAGAAAAAAGGCUUUGAUAUUAAGUGGGUGGAUGAUACGCAUGCCCUGGGCAUCUUCUCCAGCCCCAUAGCAGCAUGUGAUGCCCUCAGCACCAAGCACCUGAUGGUGAAGACUCGCCCACUCUCCCAGGGCACCCGUGCCUCUAAAGCCAAAGCCAGGGCAUAUGCUGACUACCUGCAGCCGGCCAAGGAGCGCCCCGAAACAUCGGCUGCCUUGGCCAGGCGGCUGGUGAUCGGCGCCCUGGGGGUGCGCAGCAACCAGACACCAGCCCAGAGAGAUGCCGAGCGGAGGAAGCUGCAAGAAGCCCGGGAGAGGAAGCGCCUGGAGAACAAGCAGCGGGAGGAUGCCUGGGAGGGUCGCGAGUGA